GAGCAGGUGGCGCCGCCGCCUCCGGCCGCCGACCAUACCAGAUUGGCUGGCGGCGAGCCUGUUAGUCUCGCCAAGACCGUGCCGCAGACUUUAAUCGAUCCACCCAAGUAUCGGGAUCUCCAGGUGUGCUGGGAUAGCAGACCCAUCUACCGGCAGACCCUGGAACUAUGCAGACAGCGAAUUCACCACAACGUGACAGUUGUCAAUGCCAAACACCCAGAGGAAUUUUACAUCUGCUUCGAGACUGAGGAUAACUUUGACAGGCUGACGCUGUAUAACGGGAGGUACCCCGGCAGCUUCCGUCACGAGAUGGCGGCGGUGUACGGCCGUCUGCCGGCCCACCCGCGGCUCGGGCUCCAGAGUGACCUGCUGCAGGUCGGCUCGUUCUGGGCGGCGCGCGGCGACGACGGCGAUGAGUGGUGCCGCGUCGUGGUGCUGGAGGUGCUGGAGUCGCCGAGCGGCGACGGCGCGGCGGAGUACCGGGUGCGCUGCGUCGACUACGGCGACGAGAUGCUGCUGUCGGCCGCCCACCUGCGCCCCAUGCUCGAGCGCUUUGCUGCCGUGCCUGUCUACAUCGUGCGCGCCGCCUGCUCCGGGGUGGCGCCCGCAGAGGGUGAGCCGGUGUACUCGGAGGCGGCGUGCGAGCGGUUUCUGGAGCUGGUGGACGGGCCGGAGGAGAUCAACGCCCACGUCGUCCGCUCUGAGAGCACCGACGAGUGUCUGGCGGUCGUGCUGUACACGGUGCUGGCCGCCCGGGUGGUCGCCCUCACGGAGCAGCUGGCGGCGGAAGGCCUGGCCCUGCACUGGCAGGUCGAGGAAGCCCCGGAGCCCGCCAGCCGGCAGGCGGAGGGCGACUGGGGGCUGCGGUGGCCGGCGGACGGGCCUCUGGCGCUGCGGCCCGGCAGCCUCGUCUACGUGCGCGUCACGGCAGUGGUGACACCCGCGCUCUUCUACGUGGUGCUGCCGUUCGGCGCGCGGCCGGCGCACGCCGUCAACGCCAACUUCGCCGAUCAGCUGCUGCAGCUCGGCGCCGACGACAGUGUCGAGACGCUGGCAGCAGCCAUGCGGCGCUACUACGGACCGCGCGCCGUGGCCGUGCGCUGGCAGGGCGGCUGGCACCGUGGCCGCGUCCUGGCCCUGGACGAGCACGCCGCAGAGGUGUUCCUGACCGACUGGGGCCACACGGAGCCGGUGCCGCUGGAGGAGCUGCGCGAGCUGAUGCGGGGCUUCCAGCAGCUGCCGGCGCAGGCGCUGGACCUGUAUCACGCCAGGCCGGACGGCGGCGGCGGCGUCUGGGCCAGCGACGCGCUGUGCGACGGGGACUAG